GAGCUGCCGGCCAGACCUGUUUCGGCGCUUGGCUGCGUGAGUGUUGUCCGCCCGUGCGUCCGCCUUGAGCACGGGGGUUCCCCUCGACAACGAUGGGAGGACGACGAAGCCUUGUUGCGUUUUGGAUACUUACGGCGCUGCUUUCCCGAGUGCGCGGCCAGGAGAAAGAUGAUGAGUCGUCAUCUUCGAUUGAGAAGCAACGCUACGAUGGCUGGUACAACAACCUGGCGCACCAGGACUGGGGAGCCAUUGGUGAUGACCGGUCUGCUGAGUAUGCAGCGAACAUGUAUGCUAAAGGAACAGUUAUGUGGUGUGUGCUUGCACACCGAAAAGGCCCAAUUUUAGAAAAAAGCCAGCUGGUGCGCAAGGCGCCAUCGUCUUAUGCGGACGGCGUCUACAUGAUCGCGGAAGGGCGACCCAGUGCGCGCUCCCUUAGCCAGGAGCUGUUCAAGGGUGAAGACGGGCUUGCAUCCGUCAGGAACAUCACCGUACUCUUCGUUUUCUUCGGCCAAGUUAUUUCAUCGGAGAUCUUGAUGGCGAGUGAGCCGGGAUGCCCUAUCGAGUUUCAUCGCAUUCCUAUCAGCCGCUGCGACGAAAUGUACGACAGCAAGUGCACAGGUCAGCGAUACAUGCCGUUCCACAGGGCCCACUAUGACGUGAAAACUGGACAGUCACCUAACAAUCCCCGCGAGCAGACGAAUCUUGCCACCAGCUGGAUCGACGCUUCGUACGUGUACAGCACGAGCGAGACGUGGGCGAACACGAUGCGCUCUUUCGAGAAUGGUACCUUCCGUGUGGGGGAAAACGGCUUGCCACCCAAGAACAAGGAGCGCGUCCCGCUCUUCAACUCACCGCCCGCGCGCUACCUGGGCGUCAUGAACCCGGAGCGCAUGUUCAUUCUGGGUGAUCCACGCACAAACCAGAAUCCAGGCCUGCUGGCCUUUGGAAUUCUGUUUUUUCGGUACCACAACGUGCACGCCCUACGCAUCAAGGAGGAACAUCCAGACUGGACUGACGAAGACAUUUUUCUGCAUGCCAGGAGGCAUGUAAUUGCCGCUUUGCAAAACGUCAUCAUGUAUGAGUACGUGCCGGUGCUUUUGGGGGAGAAUGUUACAGAGUACACAGGAUACAAACCAGACGUACAUCCAGGCAUCAGUCAUGAGUUUCAGGCCGCUGCCUUCCGGUUCCCACAUACAUCCAUCCCUCCUGGCAUAUAUCGCAGGGAUAGCUCAUGCCGUUUCCUUGACACCAAGAAUGGAUUCAAAGCGUUGCGACUGUGUUCCACAUGGUGGCUUUCUGAGGAAGUGCUGCCUGCUUCCGGUAUUGACGAGUUAAUCCUGGGAAUGGCGUCUCAGAUUGCCGAGAAAGAAGACCACAUUCUCUGCUCAGAUGUCCGAGACAAGCUCUUCGGUCCUGUGGAGUUCACGCGACGUGACCUUGCAGCAUUGGACAUAAUGCGAGGUCGUGACAAUGGCCUUCCUGACUACAAUACCGUGCGCCGCUACCUGGGCCUGCCACCGAUAACGAAUUGGACCCAAAUAAACGAAAAACUAGCACGUACAAACCCAGAGCUUUUUGACAAGAUGCGAAAAUUGUACCAUGACCAAGUGGACAACGUGGAUCUUUUCGUGGGUGGCAUGCUGGAGUCUGACGAAGGCCGCCCGGGUCCGCUCUUUCGAAAAAUCAUACGAGAGCAGUUUGAACGUCUCCGGGAUGCCGACCGUUUCUGGUUCGAGAACCGACAAAAUGGAAUGUUCUCUGCCAAGGAAAUCGAGAGCAUCCGGAAGAUUCGCAUGUACGACAUCAUCCUCACAGCAACAGAUAUCAAAGCACAUGAGAUCCAGAAGAAUGUGUUCUUUCACUACAAAGGGGACCCAUGUCCGCAGCCGCUGCAGAUAAACAGUUCUGUUUUGGAGCCCUGCAUGAUCUUGGAUGGCUGGGACUAUUUUAGGGGCAACGAGGUGGCUUACAUCUACUCGUGUCUUAUUUUGGCCUUCAUUCCUAUAAUAUGCGCAGGUGUCGGAUAUGGAGUAAUAAAACUGCAAAACAAGAGGCGAAGGAUCAUCAAGGCUAAAAAAGAUACGGCGAUAGGGAAGAACUAUGACAAGCUGUAUGUCAAGGAAUGGCUGCACCAAAACCACAAGCGGUUUGUGAAGGUCAAGAUUGGUCCAGACGAGUCUCUGUCGACAGUGAAUAGAAAGGGUGAAGUACUUCGGAAAGUCGACUUCAAGUCAGUGUCGACCCUUGUGGUAGAAGUCACCAUUGACAUGGCCAAGAAGCCCAUGUGCCUUGUGCGGUCGCCGCGAGACCACGAUCUGGUUCUUCAGUUUGACAGUGUCCACUCUCGCAAGAAGUUCCUCAAUAAACUAGAAAGCUUCCUUGUGAACCGAAAGAAAACGCUCGAGAUGAUCAACACGACCCGUGACACGAUGCUGGCCAAUGCUGAGACAAAGGAGAAGCGCCAAAAGCGGCUCGAGCACUUCUUUCGGGAAGCAUACGCGCUGACAUUCGGAUUGAAGCCUGGCGAAAAAAGGAAACUGGAGGAAGUUGGCAAUGACGUGAUCAUGGUGAUGCGAACGUCGCUGUCGAAGCAAGAGUUUGCCGAUGCGCUCGGCAUGAAGCCGGACUCAUUGUUCGUGAAGCAAAUGUUCAACUGCGUGGACAAGGACAAGGACGGGCAAAUCAGCUUUCAAGAAUUCCUGGACACCGUGGUACUUUUCACAAGGGGUAAAAGCGAGGACAAGCUGCGAAUCAUCUUCGACAUGUGUGACAACCACGGGGACGGAAUGAUUCAGAAACAGGAGCUUACUCGCAUGCUGCGCUCUCUCGUAGACAUUGCGAAAACGAACUCUCUGAGCGAGUACGAGACGAGUGACAUUAUACGAAGCAUGUACGUGUCGGCUGGUCUCGACAACUCCGACACCCUCAGCUAUGAAGACUUCAAGAAAAUGAUGAAAGAGCAUCGUGGAGACGUCAUUGCUAUCGGCUUAGACUGCAAAGGGGCUAAUCAGAACUUUCUGGAUACAUCAUCAAAUGUUGCAAGAAUGACGAGUUUCCAGAUAAACCAGCCAGCGGAAGAUCCGCCGUCAUGGACGGUGCUGAAGUGGAACCAAGUGACCACUUUUUUGGAGGAAAACCGGCAACAUGUGUUCUACUUGUUUGUCUUCUACGUCUUCACAAUUGUAUUAUUCAUCGAAAGGUUUAUCUACUACUGCUACAUGUCGGAGCACAUGGACCUGCGGCACGUGAUGGGAGUGGGCAUCGCCAUCACUCGAGGAUCGGCGGCCUCUCUCUCGUUCUGUUACUCUCUCCUGCUGCUGACCAUGUGCCGCAACCUGAUCACCAAGAUCCGAGAACUGCCCUUGCAGCAGUACAUACCCCUCGACUCGCAUGUGCAGUUCCACAAGAUUGUCGCCCUGACGGCGCUAUUUUUCAGCUUGGUGCACACAGUUGGACACUACAUAAAUUUCUACCACGUCUCUACGCAGCCAGCGGAGCAUCUCCGAUGCAUGACAAAAGAAAUGCAUUUCGACUCCGACUUCAAGUCCACGAUUACCUUCUGGGUAUUUCAAACAGUCACCGGUAUCACGGGUGUGCUGCUCUUCAUUGUCAUGUGCAUCAUAUUUAUAUUUGCGCAUCCAAAAAUACGGCAAAAGGCAUACAGCUACUUCUGGAUGACGCACAGCCUUUAUAUUCUUCUUUACAUCUUGUGUCUGCUACAUGGACAAGCUAAACUUACAGGGUCGCCUCGCUUUUGGAUGUUCUUCAUUGGCCCAGCCAUCGUUUUCACCCUGGACAAGGUUGUGAGCCUUCAGACAAAGUACAUGGAACUCGACAUUUUGGACACUGAGCUCCUGCCAUCAGACGUCACACGUGUCAAGUUCACACGGCCACCAAACUUCAAGUACCUCUCUGGACAGUGGGUGCGCCUCAGCUGUACGGGCUUUCGUGCCACUGAGUACCAUUCUCUGACCCUAACGUCGGCCCCACACGAGAACUAUCUUUCUGUGCACGUCAAGGCGCAGGGACCUUGGACAUGGAAGCUGCGCAACUACUUUGACCCCAGCAAUCUGCACGAGAGCAUGCUGCCAAAGGUGCGGCUUGAGGGGCCCUUCGGAGGUGGCAACCAAGAUUGGUACAAGUUUGAGAUCGCCGUGAUGGUGGGUGGCGGUAUUGGCGUGACACCAUAUGCCUCCAUACUGAAUGACCUUGUCUUCGGCACCUCAACGAAUCGUUACUCUGGGGUGGCCUGCAAGAAGGUGUACUUCAUGUGGAUAUGCCCAUCCCAUCGUCACUUCGAGUGGUUCAUCGACGUUCUCCGAGAUGUAGAAAGGAAGGACGUGACGAAUGUUCUUGAAAUUCACAUUUUUAUCACACAGUUUUUUCACAAGUUUGACCUCAGGACCACAAUGCUGUACAUUUGUGAAAACCACUUCCAAAGGGUGUCCAACAGGAGCAUGUUUACCGGCCUGAAGGCAAUAAACCAUUUUGGAAGGCCUGACAUGUCUGCCUUCCUGAAGUUUGUGCAGCAACAGCACUCCUACGUGAGCAAAGUGGGCGUAUUCAGUUGCGGGCCUUCAGCACUCACAAAAAGCGUGAGUUCUGCCUGCGAAACGGUCAACAACAACCGGAAGCUGCCGUACUUCAUACACCACUACGAGAACUUUUGACGAUUGCACGUCUGACGCCAUACUGCCAAAAAUGAAACCAACUGUGAUGAUUAUAGCAGUGCAUGCUGCCUGCCCGUUCUCGCUACGUAUCUGGCUAUGCUGACGGCUCGUCUGAUGCACCCCUAGACCUAGACUCACUUGAGCUCACUGAAAAAAAGUUUUUUCUUUUAUGCUUUUACGUUGCGGCCCUCGCCAACAAACAUUCAAAAUGACUGCAUCUUUCGAAGUUACAGUGCAAUGUUGGGCUGUCGUCCUCAUCACUCGUGUGUUGUUAAAGCUUGUUAUUGCGCGGCUGCAUGAUCAUGCAAUGGUGCCCGAAGUACACUUCACUAAGCCCUUUCUGUCCAAGUGAACAUCAACCGUAAAACAGCAAUGUUAGGCUGCUGUGCCCCUUUCUUGCUGCGUCAUCAUUCUCCUUAAGUUUUCGAAGAGGUACAGAUUGAUCAGCUCCCAAACUACAAAGCCUCAGUAAUACUAGUGUUAGGGACGAAGUUUUUUUUUUUUUUCUGAAUACGAUGACACCAACAAUAUUUAGAACCAGUUUGGCUUAGUUUAGCGAGGAAUGUACUGAUAACGCUUUUCGACCGCCUGUGUCGCGUCCUGCUUUGCAAACUGCUUGCGCCUCGCACACUGAUGGAAACUGACCUAAAUGUCGAUGUGCAUGACUCUAUGUGGCCGUCAAACUGUUCAGAAACGUUCUCAAUAACUAAAGUAGUCCACAGGGGUGAUUAUUUUUUACUGAAGAGCUAUCAAACGAGUAAAGGUACAUCACAGAAAGUAAGCAUGCAAAGCAGCUUUACUUAGUAAGGCUUUGUCACAAUUUCAGUGUAAUGAUAGUAAUUGAGGCGUUACUCAGUGUCUCACUCUAGGUGUUUGUUCCUUUCCUUAAACCAUUAUUAUUAUUAGUUCAUCCUACUUAAUGUCCCAUGGCUUCCUUUCAUGACGGCUAUGACACUUUUCCUGUACCCACAUGUGUUGCGCAGUCAUUGAUGUAUUGCAACACUCUUGAUGUUUUUUGUCCAGUUGCUUUUAUUCACAUGUUUUUAAUAAAAUAUAUUUUUAUUCAUGAGA